CAGGUGGCGAUGAAGAACUAAUACGACUCAUAUUGAACUCAAACAAAUAUAGAAGAAGAAGAAGAGGACUAACCGAGGUGCAUAUAAUCAGCCAAAAUGAUUGGAGAUCUUAUCAUUUUUGGCACUCUGCUCGUGAACGCCGGAGCUGUGCUCAACUUUAAACUAAAGAAGAGAGAAACGCCGUCUCAAGGGUUUGGCGAUGAAUCUGGACUGUCCAGAACUGGUGACAACAUUAGAGAGUUUUUGCUGAGUCUACGGUACUUUCGUAUAUUCAUUGCUCUCUGGAACAUUUUCAUCAUGUUUUGCAUGAUCUUGUUAUUUGGUUCAUAAUCGAUGGCUGUUACACGGACGAUCACUACAGACUCAAAAGAUUGAAUUAUUGUAGCACUGGGUGGAUUUUCUUGUAACAGGUUUUUUUUAUUGUGAGAUGUCUUGUACAUAGAUCCAAUGUCUUACAAGACACCUGUAUAUUUUGUACAAAAGUGUGCAUGAUUAAUUUCGGUUUUACUUUCUUUGAAUCAAAUGGAGUCUACAUGGAACACACAUGGGAACUACAUUUAAAUAGUUCAAAGUGGAGUGUGAAUGGUCUUUCCGCUGUCCAGUAAAAUACUGUCAGUUAUUCCAAUUUUAGGUGUACGGUCCACUAAUGUAAAACUUUAAAGUAAGGUUUGAGACAAUUAUAAGAUGAAAGAAUAAACAUUUAAACUCUA